UUUUGAGCGCCAUCUUCACUCUGGACGUUAUCCCAAUUCUCUCCACCAAUCUUUCUCUUCCAUCGCAGUUCAUUCUACUCUUCCAAAUGCUCCACACUCAUCAGCUUCAACCUUAUUUCCUCUUUCUUUCGCCACACUCUCAUACGGUGUCGUUUCCCUUCCCAUCCAGAACCACCACCUCUCACUCUCCAAGAUUCCCCGUUACUUCCAUCAGAAGAGGUUCUUCUUCUCUCAGGUUUCGCAAUCGUGGCCGCGCCAGCAUCUCAAACUCCGUCGCCGAUGGCGGAACGGAGCAUCAGAAGCAACCGGUAAACCGGGCCUACCCUUUCCACGAAAUUGAGCCCAAGUGGCAGCGUUUCUGGGAGCACAAUCGCACUUUCCGAACCCCCGAUGACGAUAUCGACACUACGAAGCCUAAAUACUACGUUCUUGACAUGUUUCCUUACCCUAGUGGAGCUGGACUUCAUGUUGGUCAUCCUCUUGGAUAUACCGCCACAGACAUUCUUGCUAGAUACAAACGGAUGCAGGGGUAUAAUGUGUUGCAUCCGAUGGGUUGGGACGCUUUUGGAUUGCCAGCAGAACAAUAUGCUAUUGAGACAGGAACUCACCCCAAGCUCACUACGGUGAGGAAUAUCAAUCGCUUUCGCACUCAGUUAAAAUCAUUAGGAUUUUCGUAUGACUGGGAUCGUGAAAUCUCUACCAUAGAACCUGACUAUUACAAAUGGACUCAAUGGAUAUUUCUGCAACUUUUAAAGAGAGGAUUGGCAUAUCAGGCUGAAGUUCCGGUUAAUUGGUGUGCCGCACUUGGCACUGUGUUGGCCAACGAGGAGGUAAUUGAUGGUGUCAGUGAACGUGGUGGUCAUCCUGUAAUAAGAAAGCCAAUGAGGCAAUGGAUGCUCAAGAUUACUGCAUAUGCUGAUCGUCUUCUAGAGGAUUUAGAUGACCUUGACUGGCCCGAAAGUGUAAAAGAAAUGCAGAGAAAUUGGAUUGGGAGAUCAGAAGGGGCUGAGAUGGAAUUUUGCAUUCUUGACAGUGAUGGAAAGGAUAGAGACAUAAAAAUUAUUGUGUAUACUACAAGGCCUGAAACGAUCUUUGGUGCAACCUACUUAGUUGUGGCACCAGAGCAUCCCUUGCUGCCGUCAUUGGUUUCCAUUGCCCAGAGCAAACAUGUUGAGGAUUAUGUAGACCUUGCCACAAGGAAGAGUGACCUUGAGAGGACUGAACUUCAGAAAGAAAAGACUGGGGUCUUCACUGGCUGUUAUGCAAAAAAUCCAGCAAAUGGGGAAGCCAUUCCAAUAUGGGUCGCGGACUAUGUUUUAGGGGGUUAUGGAACAGGAGCUAUCAUGGCUGUGCCUGCUCAUGAUUCUCGUGAUUAUGAUUUUGCUCAGAAAUAUGAUGUUCCAAUUUGCUGGGUUGUAACGCCAGAUGGUAAAAGUGUUGAUUUUGGAAAGGCUUUUAACGGUGAAGGCAUUAUUGUAAAUUCAUCGAAUACACUAGUUGGGCUUGACAUCAAUGGCUUGUCCAGCAAAGAAGCUGCUCUGACAGUCAUUGAAUGGGCUGAAAAAAGUGGGAAGGGAAAGAGAAAGGUGAACUACAAGUUAAGGGACUGGCUUUUUGCUAGGCAACGUUACUGGGGUGAACCUAUCCCUGUUAUCUUCAUGGAUGAUAGUGGUGAGACUGUCCCACUGUAUGAGACUGAACUGCCACUUAUUCUACCUGAAUUGGAUGAUUUUUCUCCCACUGGAACAGGCGAGCCUCCUCUGUCUAAGGCAGUAUCUUGGGUGAAGACGGCUGAUAGCUUAUCAGGAAGACAAGCUACUCGGGAAACAAAUACCAUGCCACAGUGGGCUGGUUCAUGCUGGUACUAUUUGAGGUUUAUGGACCCACAUAAUUCCAAGGAAUUGGUUGGUAAGGCUAAAGAAAGGUAUUGGGGCCCUGUUGAUGUAUAUGUUGGGGGUGCUGAGCAUGCAGUUCUCCAUUUACUGUAUGCUAGAUUCUGGCACAAGGUUCUCUUUGACAUUGGUGUUGUGUCCACCAAGGAGCCCUUCCAGUGUGUUAUAAACCAGGGGAUUAUUCUUGGGGAGGUUCAAUAUAUGGCUUGUAGAGAUCAAGAUGGAAACCUAAUGUCUGCUGAUUCAACUGACUUGUUGAAUGAACGUAAGCUAGAAAUAAUUCCUGCAGAAAAGGUCAUGAAAUCUGGGGAUUCUUUUGUCAUGAAAGAAAAUCCUAACAUACGGUUACAUGCUCGAGCUCACAAAAUGAGUAAAAGUAGGGGAAAUGUUGUUAAUCCAGAUGAUGUUGUUUCUGAGUAUGGUGCAGAUUCUCUUCGAUUAUAUGAAAUGUUCAUGGGACCAUUGAGAGACUCGAAAACAUGGAGUACUAGUGGCAUUGAAGGUGUACAUCGGUUCUUGGGAAGAACUUGGAGGCUCAUUGUUGGUUCACCUUUGUCUGAUGGAACAUUUAAGGAUGGAACUGUAUCAGUUGACGAGGAGCCUACUCUAGAACAACUUCGCUGUCUUCACAAAUGCAUUGCCAAGGUAACAGAGGAAAUUGAGGGCACACGAUUCAACACUGGAAUUUCUGCAAUGAUGGAGUUCCUUAAUGCGGCAUAUAAGUGGGAUAAACAUCCAAGAUCGGUCAUUGAGGCAUUUGUUUUGCUGCUUUCACCGUAUGCACCACACAUGGCUGAGGAGCUAUGGUCUCGACUAGGGCACAGGAAAUCAUUAGCCUACGUGCCUUUCCCUAAGCUUAAUUUUUAAAGUAACCCGAAGUAGACAUUUCAUGCAAUGUGGAUUCAUUCAUCCCUGCUUAGAAGUCGGUAGUUAGUUAAUUAGGAAUCAAGCUAUACCACUGCAUCCCUGCAAAAUAUUUUCAAUUUGAGUAAGGGGCUGUUAUUUAAUGUGUAUUCUGAAGGGAAAACCUAUUAAGAGAUAGGAUUGCAAGACAUUAUAUUUCAAUGAGAAGAUCCUUGUCCCAGGACUUGUCAUUGUGGUGGUUGUGCUACGAUUUUCUAGUUGCAACAAGGGAGAGGACACAGUUUACUCCUUGUUACCGUGGAGUUUAUACUUGAGGUAAAUAAUUAGAAAUUUACACUAAGGUGGGAAAUCUUUUUCCUACUUGCAUUUGUGGUAAAAAGGGGCAAUAGUGUGAGUUUCCUCAACUUUUCAAGGGCACCUGGACUGUUGUCGUGAGGAUCCAUGGCUUUGAUACUAAUGGAACAAAAAACAAUUUUAUGCAAGUUAAGUUUAAUCAUGUGGAAAGAGUGAUAGUCAUUAGAUAAUGAUCAUGUUUGGAAUAUGUUGUUAUUUCAGGCAAAUCCGACUUACCUGAAGGAUUCCACCGUAGUCCUUCCAGUACAGAUUAAUGGCAAGACAAGAGGGACCAUCGAGGUUGAGGAAACAUGUUCAGAGGAGGAAGCUUUUGUCUUAGCAUCUAGGGAUGAAAAGCUAUCAAAGUAUUUGGAUGGUCAAUCUGUCAAAAAAAGAAUUUACGUUCCUGGCAAGAUUUUGAAUGUUGUUUUGGACCGU